GCAGCCCGCCGCUCCUUCCCUGCAACUUUCCGGCCUCGCUCCGCCCCCAAAUCCCAAGAGCUGAUGGGGGCAGCGGCGCACCCAAGCAAAACUGUAAAAGAAGCUUCCACUCACUCGCUCACUCCCAGUUGGCCAGCCAGUAGCUCAGUUCGCCACCACUUCCCCGCCCCAGGCCAGCCAGAGUUCCCCCAUCAGGCGAAUCCGUCCGUCCACCCGUCGCCAUCGCGAGCCUCUUCUGCUGCAGUUCUCGCCUUUUUCUCCCUCCUUUCGCUCGCUGCCGGCUCGGCCUCAUUCGGGCAUCCUCGGCGCGCACGCCACCGUCCGCGGGAGCGAGGAGCAGCAGUAGCGCAGUGCAAUCUUAUAAAAUGGGCACGCACGGCACAAGCCGCGGCCUCACUCUCCCGGCGUGCUCGCGCUCCCCACCUCAGCUCAGCUUCAGCCCGCCGCUCUCCAAGGUGACCAACGCCAUGAGUCCCGGAGGUGGGCGCGUGGGGGACGGCAGCGAGAAGCCGCCCCCGCCGACUCCGGGAGCACAUCCCCGCUACAUCCCAAAGAGAGGGUCGGUGCUGAAGGGGAUCGUUCGCGGCGUGCUGGACCUCAUCUCCACGCCGAUCGGCGCGCCAGCGAACUCCGGCGGUCACCGCGUGCGCCCGGCGCCGGUCGGGGAAGGAGGUGAUGGCGCGGUGCAGGGGAAGUAGGUGGAUGGGAGUGGGAUUUGUUUGCGCGCUCUACGGUGACGAUCGGCUCUCGACGGCCCACUCUUUUUAUAUGGGCCGUCUGUUCUAGUUACCUCCUGCCUGCUGCUUUGUUUGUGUUGUCGUAGCAUCUUUGCAGUUUGUUCUUAAAACUUCUUAUUACGCAUCGUGGGUCUUGGUGUUUAUGUCUUGUCUCAAACCACACUACUAGUGCUUCUAGAGCCUGUGCUGUAUUUUGGUUUCUGCAGAUGAUUUUGAGCAACUGAGGAGGUAUCUCAGGUGCCGGUCACUUCAA